AUGGAAGAAACACUAUUAUUGCCAUCACCUAAUUGGUUUCAAGCUUCUGGUUUGAGUGUUAGCGGUGAUGGUUGGUUGGUUUAUGGCGGUCCUAGCAAAAGUCUUUGCAUAUUGGAACCCUUACCGCAAAAUGUAAAUGGUCUUAUCCAGGGAGAUCGCUAUCGAGCUCAUGUACUAAACAGGGCUCACGGAGAAAAAAUUGUUAGUGUCGACAUUUCUCCAGAAUGGCCUGAGAAAAAAGCGGUGUUAUCUGGCAGCACAGAUGGUUCAGUGAAGCAGUGGAUUAUAGAAGUGGACAGUAAUAAAUACAAAAUUAAAUCCACUCAUAGCCAUGAUAUACACUAUAAUGAUAAAGAGGAGGUAACAGGAAUUGGAUAUAGCAGUGGAGUGUAUGCAGUCACAGUGGGCUGUUUUGGUAAUAUAGUAAAAUGGAAUCUUAAUUCCAAUGUUGUAAAGACAUAUAAUAAUUUUCUCAAAAACUUCAAACCAACCUGUAUGUCAUGCUCACAGCACAUCACUUUACACUUAGCUGUGGGGACAAAGCAAGGGGUAAUUUUUGUUUUGGACUUAAAUGGUACUGGAAAAAUUUUAUAUAAAGUCCGAGGGCAAGAUGAUGAAAUUGUCAAUGCAAGUUGGUGCCCCCAAUAUAAUGUUGCUGUAAAAAAAUAUCUCAAAGAAUCUGAGAAGAGGAUAAGCGCCAAUGAGAGAAUGAAUAAAAUUAGGCAAGAACCUGAAGAUACUGCUCAAAACUUGGAUCAGUCAGCUGUUUCUAAGAAACUUCCUGAUGAUAGCUUUGAUGAAUCUGUGGUUGUGCAGGAAGAUGACUUGUUUGAUAUGUAUAAGGAUGACGAGACAGAUGAAUUUGGGCCAAAGAAAUAUGAACCUGAGGUGAUAUUAGUUAAAGUCAAAGAGGAAGUUGAAACAGAUGUCAGUUAUCUAGAUGAAUGUAUGAAAUUAAAAGAAGAAAUUUUAAAGAGAAAAAGUGAACCAGAACCUAGUAUGGCCAGCCUAGUAGAAGCUUUAGAAAAAACACAUGUUGAAAAUGAACAUAAGGAACAUGAAGAAGAAGAAGAAACAUGCACAAGUGAAGAAAAAAGUGAAGCAAGUAUUCACACACAUAAACAUCUUUUAGCCACAGUUGGGAAACAAGGAGGAGUUCGAAUAUGGUCAAAGACAGGAAAACUGGUGGCCAGUUGUGCUGUACCUAACGCUGGAAAUAAGAACCAAAGAAGUAAAUUACCCAAUUUUACCACUUUGUUGUGGUACAGAGCUGACACUCUGUUGAUAGCUGAUGGCAAGAGUCAACUUUUGCAGUGCGAUCCUUUAAAAGUUGAUUGUAAAAACAAGUUGGAAUUUCAAGUGGUCCACUCAAUUCACAAACGUGGAUUAUUUAGUAUUGUCACUGAUGCUCCAAAAAUCCAAACUAUUGAGGAAAUAGAUGCAGCUAAGGCAAAUCAGUGGAGCAUAUGGACAGCUGCACAGGACAGAAACUUGGUUCGAUAUUCUUUGGAAAGAAAACAGAAGCUUUCUAUUCUCGCAACUUGUGGGGGUUUCCUGUAUAACAUACAGCCAUGCCCAUAUGAUGCUAGGAAGGUGGCAGUUAGUGUUGGCGAUGGCGCAGUGAGGGUCUGGGAAGCAGAUAUUGCAGAUGAUGAUGACACUAAGCUGUGUCUAGGCAAUGUGUCCACAUACUGGCAGAAUGUCCAGGGGAAGGUGUUGUCCAUUGCUUGGCAUCCUACAAAAGAGAAUUUACUCGCGUUUGGUACAGCUGAGUCUAGGGUGGGUUUAAUCGACACAAAUGGCAAAACGGAGCGAGCGGCGCGAACUCUCGUGCCUGCAUUAACUGGCGGCGUGUAUUCGCUGUGUUGGGGCAAAGGAGAGCAAUUAUUUGCUUGUGCAAAUGGAAAAUUUGCAGUUUACGAUACCAAACGACCCGAUCAACCUCCAGAGAUGAUCAAAGUUUGUAUGGAGGGCCAGCAGUGGGAAGUGAGUUGCGUGCAAUGUUUGGUUGAUUCGCUAGUCAUCGGUACCAACAAUGGCGCUGUGGCUGUGCUCGAGCAACAUCCCUCCUACAGCGUGUUAGCUGUCAACUAUGCUUACACAAAAAUGAUUUAUAAUGUCCAGUGGCACCCUCAGCAAACUUCAGAAUCGAAUGACAAAUCUCAGUACAAAAACCUAGUAGCAGUGACAUCACUAGAUAAGCAAAACACCAUUACCAUUCUCGAGUAUGGAGUAAAAGAAGAUGGUACUAAACAGCUCCAGUUAUGGAAAACAUUAAGUGGUCACAAAAGCUCCAUAUAUCAAGUGGCUUGGAACCCACACCGGGAUGAACUAAUACUAUCCACUUCUCAUGACUCCACUGCUCGGGUGUGGGACGUCGCACAGGGCGUGUGCGUGUCAAUAUUCAGCGGGCACGCGCCGAGCGCGCUGAGCUGCGCGUGGAGCGCGUGGCCGCAGCUGCACGCGCUGGCGCUGACGGGCGGCGCCGACUGCGCGCUGCGCCUGUGGCGCGCCCCGCACCACCCCGCCGCCGCACACGCCGAUACUGUACAACAUUGUGGGAUUAAAAAAGACAAAAGGAAGCACUAUAAAGAAAAGAAAGAAGAGAAAAAAGCUGAAGAAGAUAAAAAUGAAGUAGAAGGUCAGGCUCACUUAGCCAGCGUAGAUAAAAUAAAAAGUUCGAAAAAAUAUCUGCUGCCUAUUAUCCACAAGCAGAUCGUCAGCUGUCAUUUACAAGGUGCAAGAAAAAUGUUACAAAAUUAUAUAGAAAAGAACACAGAAAGUUGUAAUGUUCAAAUAGAAACAGGGAACAAAGGCGAAGGUGAUUUCAAUAAAUUGACAGAAAAUGAAAAUUCGUCUGUUAAUAAUAAAGAUGCAUCCUCAUCUAAUGAUGAUGUAUCCACAUCUAAUAAAGAUGCAGCCACACCGGAUAAAGAAGUUAACACAAGUGAGAAAGACGCUACUGCUGAAGUUAAAAAUGCAUCCUCGCAAAAUAAAGCAUUUGGAACUGACUUUGUGAAAAUGUUUGGCAGUACCAAUGAGAUUAACGAAGUUUUAGAUAUGGAAAUGGAGCAACACCUUAGCGCUAGUAAUGUUGAGGCGUGGAUCAUGCUGUCGAUACUUCGAGGUCAUAUCGAUGCCAUGAUACAGUUCGCAAGCCAGAGAGACCUCCUAUGUCCUUACCUCAUUAGUAUAUCGCCCUGCGUAUCUUUUAAAUAUUGGAAGGACGCUACACAGCUGUAUCUGGCACAAUUAGAUAGACUCGUUGCAAAAGGGGAAGAAGAUAAAUUGUUACAAUUUAAAAAUUACGGUGGCGUAGUGUAUCGUAAAGUUGGAUUGUUACUAAGCAUGCACGAUGUGAAGGGCGCCGUUGCUACUCUCAUAGAGUCUAGACUUUACAAAGAGGCGUACAUAUUGUGCAGGACAAGGCAUAUGGAUAGCAUAGCGUCGGAAACACUGCAUAAAUGGGCUAAGGAUUGUUACUACACAGGCAGCUGGACUAUGGCUGCCAUUUGUUACAUUGCUCUUGGAGAUUUAUCUCAAGCUGCCACAAUACUUGGGAAAUCAAAUGAUCAAGAAUGUUUAUGCUUGGCUGCAGAUAUAGCAAAGGUGGCUGGAUAUAACACGUUCGCAGAUCAUAUAGAGGAAAGAAAGUUGCAAAUAAAGUCAAAGGAAACAAAAACAGAAACCGAUAAGUCAUUAGCAGAUUUACCAUCCAGGAUGGAACUUUUAAUGAAGAGCGGAAUGGGUGGAGACACCCCAACGCUAAACGUAACUGGUUCUGAAAUUAACGAAUAA